AUGAUUAAGAUUAUACUAUCCUACUUGGCAGUUAUUAUCACUCUCAUUUGUUAUGUGCAUGAUGCAAAGAUAUAUGACAAUUCACCUCGUAGGAAUACCAAAAGGUAUGUACUUUUUAUUAAAAAAAAUUUUAAACACAAGCAAAAGUAUCAUUUAAAUGCAAAGAAAUUUAUAAAUUUCAAGGAAAUUCAGUUACAGCGAAUAAAAGAGUAUAGAGAACGUAGUGGACCAGACAAAAAUAAUAUAAACUAUAAUAUAAAGGAUGCAUAUAAUUAUCAUGAAGAUUUACUAUUUGUUAGGAACGAAGUCUUCCCAACUUUAGCUAAAAUAGAAAAUGAGAAAUUAAAAAAGAGGGAAAAAUAUCGAGAACUAUUUAGAAACAUCAACGAUUACAACACGAAUUUUAGCAGGCAGAGUUUUAUGCAAUUCCUCAUAGACAUAUAUAACAUCUUUUUAAAAAUAGAUGAAAUAUUUUUAAUAUACAAGGAGGAUUUUUCUCUCCUUACAUAUGCUGGGCCUAUGUUACUAACGAACCAUCUUUAUGAUGACCUUAUUUAUCUAACAUCCGUCGUUCAGAACUGUGAAGAUAUAACAGUUAGUCAAUAUGGGAGAGAAUACAUUUCACACCUGGAAGAAUUAUCUCAAAAGAAUAAAUUAAAGUUUUUAGCGCAUGCCUACAUUUUUUACAAGAGUUUUCACCUGAACAAGGAGCAUUUACUAAAUAGUAUAUGUAAAUAUUUAAAUAUUAUUAAAAAGUUAAAAUCGUCCAAGUACGUCCCAGACGUUUCGAAUUUCGAGUUUUGCCUAAAUAAGAUGAGCAGGAAGUGGAACAGAUGGGAUAAGGAUAAUUUUUUGGCCAGUUUACAUGACGCAACUGAUAAAAUGAUGAUAUUGACAAAACAUUUUCAACAAAUAAAAGAGUAA